GAACCUCCCUCAACGCACCAAUGUUUUGCAGCCAUUUUACUGUGAGCUUCUGCUACUGGAAAAAGGAUGCCUGCGUGUAACCACUGAAAGUCAAGAUGAAUGAUAUGGCAGACAUCAGAAUCCCUCAAGAUCCCUUCUCAUUUGUCAUGAGAGAAGAACGUGUAGUGGAAAGGGCCUUGAGCUCCUGGUCCAGGAUUUCCUCAGCGGGACAAACUGUGCUCAUUGAGGCGUUGCAGAUCUUCAAUCCAGUGUCCAAGGAUAUUGCGGAUACUGAGGAGCUUGUCUCCUUUCUCCAAGGGUUAAAGGAAGAGGGACACAAACCUACAGUUUUAAGAAGUAUGGAUGUUUAUGGGUACAAGUCCUCUACAACAAGACCACUCCCUGCAGACAUGCACAAAUCUUUAGAAAAGAACCAAAGGUUAUCCAAAAAGAAAGGAAGGAAACCUCUCAACAAGAAGAGGGACAUCAAGCACACAUCAUCAAGUGUAGUGGAAAGAGUUGGUUCAAGGCAUUUCUCACAAGAGCGGUUCAAGGAUGCAGUCACCACCAGACCCCCAUUUCUGACUGUGGAAGCAUCCCAGGUGCAGCACUGCCUGAGAUUGACAAAUAUCAAAGGCUUGCCAGCAGGACAUACGGCCAGACUUCAAAUUCACACAGAUUGGAACUCUGUAGGAAUGUCUGCUGACGACUCGAAGCAUCCUCCAACACGUACAGGAAUACCCCUACAGCCUUCACAGGGUGCUGGUAGAAUGCCAACAGCAGUGGCCUUGCUAAGUCCAAGAAUGGUCUCCUGUCCAGUCAGAGUAGACAGCACUCUCAUUGGAGACUCAGCCCCUAUCAUGUUUGCCAAUAUGUGUGACAUGGACAUGACGAGCAAUGAACUGGGAUGGAGAGAUGAUGGAGCACAAAGGGGGCUGAACUGUUCCAAAGAGCGGCGUAUGUCCGAGCCCAUGUGGCUAAUGAACAGACGGCGGGAUUCCGAAUGCAGGCUGGAUGAGAAUAGUCUCAGGUGGAAAGUCAUCAAGGUGGACAAUACUCUCUCAGUUGAGGAGACGAGGAGGAAUGCACAAAUGAUCUUGCAAGUAGAUUUGUCACCUGUUAUAAAGAUUCAACCCCUUGUUUUGGGUUACCAAGUAGACUACAGAUGAGAUGUCUGGGGUGACUGCUGCAAUUUACCCUGGCUUCUGUUGCAAGACAUUUCUGAGUUAGCCCAUGUCUGUUUGCUGCCUGGUCAAAACUUAUAGGACUGUUAUAAUGCUGUCCACAUACAAAAAAACAUUUUGUUAAAAGUCAACUAUAAUCAUAUUUGAAACCAGACAAACAUUUUGCUUCCACACUGGUUUCUUUUAAGUUGGGGUUAGACACUUUGCAGCCUGUUCAGUUAUAAUUUUCAGGAAUGAUUUUUAGCAAGGCUUAUAAUACUUCAUUUGCCAAAUAGCUCCUUGUUAAUCAUUUCAUUUUUGUAGUUUUCAGAGAAGUUCUUUUUGGCUGACAUUUUUCUGAAAUUCCAAAGCAAAAUGUGCUUUGUUGAGAACUUUGGAGUGCCAAAGAGUAGAUGACGUUUUUCUGACUUUCAAACCCGAUCUAAGAUCCUGAUGGUGCUAACUUUGACGGUUUUCCUUUUCUACUAUCCUUUGUUGCCAAAAUGUUGCAAGAUUUUUUUAAAAUGAUUUGAUGUAACAGUUUAAAACAAGACCUAGAUAUCUUUUGCCUUCCUGUAUUGCCAACAGUAUGUUGAUGUCAAGGUCUUUAAAAAAAAAAAAAAAAAAAAAAAAGAGUUUUGAUGGUUUGGGCCUAAUUCACAUCAGGAAUUUGCACAAUGGUUUUGGAUUUCAUUACCCUCUAACAGCAUUCCAUGAUGGUACUCUCCUGAUAAUGUCCAAUUCAUACUGUUUACGGUUUCUUAUUGUAAAGUGCAGCAGCUAUAUUGUAUUAUGUAGCAUUUUAAGAGAUGCCUCAAUAAAUUGAUUGGAAAGUUCA